AUUAUAAAAGUUUUACACCCGAAAUCGCCAAUCACAUUUACUCUCAUUUUAUAAUAAUUUCUCCAUCAUCUUCCUUCCUCUAUCACCUUAUAGAACCUUCACAUGUCAUAAUACUCCCUAUAUUUACAGCAAUCUAUAGCCUCUUUUCUCAAAAAAAGAAAAAAUCAGUUGCUUCUUAUUUCUUCAUUACUCUUAUAUAUCAAUUGCUUCAUUCAUAUGCAUAUUAUAUAUAAGUAUGAGAAGACAUUCCUGUUGUUAUAAGCAAAAGCUUAGAAAAGGACUUUGGUCUCCUGAAGAAGAUGAGAAACUUCUCAAUUACAUAACUAGACAUGGUCAUGGCUGUUGGAGUUCUGUCCCCAAACUCGCAGGUUUACAGAGAUGUGGAAAGAAUUGUAGGCUUAGGUGGAUAAAUUAUUUGAGACCAGACUUAAAGAGGGGAGCAUUCUCUCAAGAUGAAGAGAGCUUGAUUAUUGAGCUCCAUGCUGCGUUAGGGAACAGAUGGUCUCAGAUUGCAACUAGGUUACCAGGAAGAACAGACAACGAGAUCAAAAACUUUUGGAACUCAUGUCUUAAAAAGAAGCUGAAAAUAAAAGGCAUUGACCCAACAACACAUAAACCCUUAGUAAGCGACCUUCAAACUCUUAACGUCAUAGAUCAGAAGCUGACGUCAUCAACUACUUCAGAAGUAUCAAAGUCAACGAGUUUGAUAAUAAACAACCAUGAUCAGUCGAUGGUCAUCUCAUCACAACCAGGUCCGUGUUGGUUCCCGGAGAUCAAGACGACGGCUAAUCAAAACGUUGCGUUUUGCUUCAGUUCAAGUACUACUACACCAACAGUUUUAGACCAGAUGAGUUCAAAUUUCAACCCUGUUCCAAACAAUUGGGAGCUCAGCUACUGCAAAAACACAGUUCCAUCUCAGAGAAACAGUAUUUAUAAUGCUUUCUUUGGUAAUCAUUACACAGAAGCUAGUCAAAUCAUGAAUAAUAAUAAUAAUCAUGUAAUGGAUCCUCAUUAUCAUCAAGACAUGAAGUCAUGGCCAUCAGAGAUUCUUCAUUACACAGAACAUAACCAAAGUUCAGAAACUGGUUUAAAAGCAGAAGUGAAGCCAGACAUUGCCAAGUACUACUUGGGAUCAUCGUCAUCACUAAACGAAAGCGCCGCGAGAUUACUGCAUAAUGCUGAGGUUGAUUUGUACGGUACAAACCUUCAGAAGCUUAAUAACAUGGCGUUUCAUCAGAGCCUUUAGAUUAUUAACAUGUGCUAGAGAGUGCCUAAAUAGUGUUUUUUUUUUCAUUUUCUAUCCACGUUCACGGACCGGAGUUUAUUUGAUUGACAUAUAUAAAUAUAUAUAAUAUUCUGCAUGUAUUUAAUUAAGUAUAUAUAUGCUUUUUUUUUUACCAAGGUUGAGUUGGCCUAGUGGUAAAGGGGUUGCGGCUGUAACUUCCGCCACUUGGAUUUAACUCACGGUGGAAAGGACUAUUUACAAUGCUUAGGUUCCUGGCAAAGAGGUGAAAACACCUUUUUUUAUAUAUAUGCUUUUGGCUGUGUAAAUUUUCUCCUAAUGUAUUUUUCCGCGUGCUUAGAUGUAGUUAAUUUUUCAUCUUAUUCCUUGUCAUGAGUUUGAUCUUAAUAGAGUGUCACGUUAAUUUUUUUAUAUAUCUUUCCUUGAGAAAUGUUAUUCACUGAUUAUAAAAAAAUUUCAGAAAAAGAACAAACACAACCUAGAAAAUAAAGUAAAAAUGUCCCGGUCAAGAUGGGCGGUGUUUUUCUUUAAGAAGAGGUUAAUAGAUCCUAACUUGGAGUGGGGACUUAUUCGGAAAAGUGAUUCCGGACAACGAGAUGCAUGCGUGAGCAAUGAACCCACAAAUUUGUACUAUUAAACAUAUAUUAACAAGUGUGCCUCAUAUUUUUUUCUUUGUUUUUUACAUUACAAAGUAUAUCGACCGUAUUUUCAUUUAUGAAUAUGAUAAUAUCCAUAAAUUUAGAAUAUAAUUCAAUAAAAUGAUUUUGGAAUAUGUUUUGUAAAAGCUAGGAAUUCACAUAUCUUAGAAUUACUAUUUAAUCAUUACGUUUACUAUAGAUAUAUGGAAUAUUAGAACUUAUAAUACUAUAAGAAAGGAUAAAUUAAUUUGACAAAUAAUCUAAUUUUUGUUUAGUGUUAAUGUUUUGUUUAUGCAUAAAAUAAAGAUUGUCAUAAAAUAAAAGAUUAUUAUGUAAAUAAAAAAAACUUGACAUCAAAAUGAAGUUGUGAAUAGUGUUCCCUCAAAUUUGAUGGAAUACUGUUCAUAUACUCAUUUUUUCCCUCAAAGUGAUGUACUAUUGGAGAUAAGUUUCCCUCAUUUUUUGAUGUUUUCCUUCAUUUUGAUGCACCAUUGGAGAUGUUCUUAACUCUAAACCAUAAGUCUAGAUUAGUUAACCCUUUAAUAAAAGGGUUUUUAGUAAUUAAACCCCUCAACUAAAGAUUAAUCGUAAAAUAAACCUCCAACUAAAAAUCUUAUGAAAUAAAUCCCCAACUUUAAUUAUGUUAACAUAUAUUAUCCUCCGUUUAAAAAACCGUGAUGGAGGGUGACAUACAUUAACGGUUUAUAAGUUGAGGGUUUAUAAUGUUGAAAACUUAGUUGAUGGUUUUUUUUACGAUUUAAAAAUAGUUGAGGGGUUUUAUCACUAAAAAUCAUUAAAUGGUUUACAAAUUUAUUAUCAUUUAUACAUUGUUUUAACAUUGAUAUAAGCCUUUAAAACUAAUUUAUAAAUUUUAAUACAUUAAUUUAUUAUAAAAUUAAUUUAUACAUCCUAAAUUAAUAAUUUUUAGUAAUACUUACAACUUAAUAUAACUUCAAAAUAUUAAAUAAUUUCAUAUUUGGCAAUAGUGAUAUAAAAAAAUUUGUGUGUUUACGUCGUCAUUGUCAAAUAUCAAAAAAUUUAAAGUUUCUAAGUUAUAUUAAGUUUUAAGUAGUGUCGAGGAUAAUUCAUCUAUGAAGUCAAUCUUUCUAUUUAGAGUAGAACGCAUUUUUUUCUAUUUUCAUGAUUUCCGUCCUCCGACUCAUACUUCCUCCUAUCCCCCAAAAAUAAUGCAUGAUUAUUUUUAUUCUGAUUGAUUUCUGAACAAAUACUUUAUAUUUUUGUUUUCUUGAUCAAUAAAAUAAUAUAUUUGAUAUAUUAUUUUUGAUUUAUUGUAUUACUUUAUGUUUCAGUAGAAUCACGAAGAAUGCUAGAUUGUUUUAUCCUAACAAGUAGCAUAAAUUGUAAAAACUUAUAAAAUCAUUGUGAAACCUUAUAAAUCAUAUGUAAAUGUAUUAAAAUAUUUCUGAAGCUUUAUAAAUCAGUUAUAAAGUAAUUUUUUAAAAAUUUAUAAAUUAGUUUUAAAGGUUUAUAUCAAUAUAAAACAAUGUAUAAAUGAUAAUAAAGUUUUUAAACCAUUUAAUGACUUUUAGUAAUAAAAUCCGUCAACUAUUUUAGAAUCGUAAAAAAACCACUCAACUAAGUUUUCAACAUUAUAAACGUCAACUUAUAAACUGUUAAUGUAUGUCACCCUCCGUCACGGUUUUUUAGACGGAGGGUAACAUAUGUUAACGAAAUUAAAGUUGAGGGUUUAUUUCACAUAAUUUUUAGUUGAGACUUUUUUACGAUUAAUCUUUAGUUGGGGAGUUUAAUUACUAAAAACCUUUAAUAAAACUUAUUUUGGUCAUUUUCUUUAUUGAGAGUUAUUUUUGUGAAAAUAAACUAAAAAGCUAUCCUAGAGAAUUUCUUUUUUUUUUACUAAGAAGUUUUGGGUUUUACUAAUUAUUACUUUUUCUCUAGUUGAUUGUAGACAGAAAAAAUAAUAGACGGUUAAUUUUUGUCGAGUUUCAGAAUUUGAAGUCAAGACCUGAUAUUUCUCUAUCCCAAAAAACUUCUCUAGAUUUAGCCGGUUUAGCUAUUGAGAUUGAAUCAUAAGUGAAAAAUGUGUGAAUGAAACAUUUCAUACCUCAGAAUGGAUCGAAGUCCAUAUCUUUGUGUCUCCUUUAGAAAGAGUGAUAAAAAUGUGCUUCACUUGUGAACAGUUCUCAUACUCAUUGUUUUUACUUCUCAAAAUCGAUUUCCCACAGUUUUGAAAACGACGUGUGAGAAUAGGAAGAUGUAAUAUGCAAAACGAGGAGAGAGCAUGUGAAAGACCAAUUGGAGUUCAAAGUUUCCGUGCAUGAAAGAAGACUAAUUUACACAUACUUGUUUCUUAAUUUUUUGAACUAAAUAUAUAUUUUUGUAACAAACUUAAUACAUUUCUUUAUAGUUGAUUUUCAAAUCAUAUUUUGUUUCUGAGAUCGUCAUUCAUCAGUUUAUUUUAGAAAUACAAAAUUGAUAAAAUUAUAAAUGACCAUAAGCUUUUUACAAGUCUAAUACACUCAGUGUCUAGGAAAUUAACAUAACAAUUGAAAGUUCCACAAACUAGUCUAGGUUUCGAUUUAUGGUCAUCGUUUACAUAAGAAGAAAGAAGUCAUGGGGGUAGAAGGGACCCUUGAUCUUGUACGAUGGUGAAUACGUAAUUCGAAGGUGUGUAUGUACUCUUCUGACAAUAUCCCAAAAUAAUUCACAUGAGGGCAGCUUUUGGGUUGGUGUUUUUUUGGUGGUGGACCAAAAGUCCUAUGCUUGGGACCCUUGUUGCUGAUACAGUGUUGAUAAAACUAGAAAAGCCAUGCAAAAAGCUAAUGUUUAACAAAGAAAAAUGUCGUUACAUUCAAGAUUUUAUUACUAGUUAAUUAGGACAUAUCAGUUUAAGUGCCUAACCCCAACCAACUUGUCAGUUAAACAAGAGUAACGUAAAAAUGUGCAUUGAUGAAAAUUUUGACAUGCUAUAGCCUUAAAAUGGUGAUGAUGGUCAUGAUCAUGGACUUAUUGAAUAUCUGUGUAUCGAGCCUUAUAUGAAAAUGAUGUGACUGAGCAAUUAUACAGUUUUUUUUUUCGUAAACCAAAAUCAAAAGAAGAGAUGAAAGUUGCAUAUAUUGUCGGCUAUUAUUUGAAAGACUGACGCCUACGGCUUCUCUUUAUCUUGCUCUCUUUGAUAAUUGAUAAGGAAAUGCCUAUAUUUUCGGUCCGACUCUAUUAAUUCUUCAAAUUUAUGAUGAUAUAUUUUAGUUUAAUUCUAAUAUAUUGAUGAUUCUUUGUUUCUUUUUAUAUUUUUCAUUUCAAGUAUCAAUAGAGACAAAGCGAUGUCAUACAAAGCCAAAAAGACCAUUCUUUUAAUAUUUCCUCCAAAGUUGAUUAAUUGUUGAAUGAGAAUAUAAAUACAGAGACUCUCUAGAAUUUUCAAAAGCAAACGUUUAUGACUUGAUCAUUUUUAUUUUGAAGACUUGUAAAAAAGGAAUUUUCUUAUCCUUACACCUCAUAAUUUGCAUGUGAGCCAAAAUAAUCGAGGCCCUACUUUAAUCAUAAUAUUCAUUUCUAUAUUAGAAUCAGAAAAAAUAUCACUAUAGCUCUAUUGUUUUAUUCGAUCAUUGUUGUUUUAAGUUUCUCAACUUGUCUUUAAAAUAAAAGAGCAUAUAUAUAUGUGUGUAUGGGGUUGUUUUUGUAUCAUAUUUUUCAGAAGGAUCGUUGUCGUUUUAAGAUGGAGUUAACGAUAACGUAAACAAAAAUCUAGCUUAUUGAUAAAGACAACGGUGUGGUGGUGUCAAGGCAAUAUUAUAAAGUUGCAUUAUCAAUCAACCAGUCAUGGGGGCUUGAUAUUUAAAACGCGAGAGUACUAUAAUAAAAUCUUUGAAAACAAACAUUUCGUACGAUAACAAUGAUAUUCGAAUUAAUAUUAUAUUUUCAAACUUAAUUACAUAUAAUUCACAUAAAAUGUUUUGGCUACAAUACAACAACCAAAACCUAUAUAUGAAUUGAUCAAACUUGUUGAAAUAUUUUCAAAAACAUAUCUUUUCAUAUUGGACUUAAUUAAAACUUACAUCAAAUUCAUAUUAAAGCUCCAAAAAAGAAACAAAAUGUGUUUAAUUUACGGGGGAAAAAACUUGGGUUAGACAAACUUAAAAUUUCAUUUGAACUGUGUUGGUUAUCAACACUACUUUUAAAAUGAUUAUGUUCAGAGUCGGUUCUUAUGGAAAAAUAUCAAAAUAAAACUACCAAUAAAAAGUUAUAACCUCAAACAUUUGUGUUUGAAACAUUCAGAAGAACUGUGUGUAUGCAGUUGCAUGUUUUGAACACGAGUACUUUUAAUAUUGGUCAUAGUCUUAAACUCUUUUUUUUUCUUUUCCUUACUGGCAUAUAUUAUAAUGACUACAAUACAAAUAAUUUAACAAUAAAAAUUUAUUAAUCAGGGAACUCGAGUACAUUUUCCUUUGCUCAAUCUCCAUAUGAUUUUUAACUAAAAGAUCACUCGCCACAGGACGACAUCGAUCUCUUAAUUAGAAUAUUUACAUAUUUCCUCCAAAAUAAGUCCAACAAAGGACCAAAACUCUUUGACUAACCAAGAGAAUGCAUAGCCCAUGGGCCUAAACUACUUUAAAGCCCACACCUAGUGAAUCGAUUAUGUUGUAGAUUGUGGUGGGGAGAACUGGGACUGAGAUGCUUACCAAUGAAGCUGGUGAAGUCACUAGGUUACUCUAUCAUGUGUUACCCUGUUUGUGUCUUUUAGCAUUUGUGUUCUUAUGUUAAUGUGUUGUCUCCUGUUUGUGUAAUGUUGUAGCCAUUUGCAAGGGAUGUUUAAUGGAACAGUCCGUCUUCUUGAAGCUGGAAUCAAGCCUGUGUAAAUCUAGCUAAACGGUACUCGAAGAGAGCAGAUGCAACUGCGGAUUUGACUGGUGCUAUUGAGGAUUGUCAGCCGUGCUUGCCUUUAGUUUCUAUACCAUCCACUUCGAAGCAAUUGAAUCUAGGACUCUUGAUGAUACCUUGUGUAAUUCUCCACUCUUUAGGUGACAAAACAACACAGUGCACACGCCCCAAAGAGACUGAUAAUUGAAACUGCUCAAUUUUCGAAAGAGGAGACUGAUGCUUUUGUAUACAUACAGGCCACUUCCGAAGCUGAAGCGCAAUGGUAUAGUUCAGUUUUUGGUGAAUGAAAAUGGAUUCAACAUAGAUAGAGUAACCAAGGCUGUAGAGAAAAUCAAAUCUGCAAAGAACAAAUACUCACAAGGAAGGCUGGAGUCGUUUUUCAAGCCAGUUGCUAACUAAGAGAAAGGAAACCCCAGAGAGUAACACUAAAGGAGCAGCAAUAAGAAAGCCAAGGGAGGUGGUGGUGGGAGGAAGAAGAAGUAAGUCACAUUCCAAGUUGUUAUCAAGCUGAAGGCUGUGUAAGUUAGUAGAUAAUCUACUGUGAUGAUUGUUCCCAAGUUUUAGCAGUCUAUUUGCUUUUUGUUUUUUUCUCUGUUUCUGUAACCAUUGUAAAAGCACAUCUACAUGUUAAAUUAUAUAUUUUCAAUAAUA